GCACUACUUCUACUCGGUCACAGCGACUGGGACAAAAUGGGUGUUGGACAGAGUUAUUAACGAAUCUAUGCAUGGUACUUUAUCGUGAAUAACGUGAAGUUAGAUAUAUUUACUUCCGGGAGACUAGCUAUUACUGGCGUGUCUGCUUUUUUAUGUCGUAAUUUUACACCCGUCAUUAUAGUAAGUAAAUAUUAUUUUUUGAUGUCUACGCGAAUUAGGAAUGUUUUAAAAAUAUUUUUUGAAUGGUUUAUGAAAGAAAGAAAAAAAAACGCGCUUUACGUAAAACGAUCCACAUUUCCGGUUAGCCGCUCGUCAGAGCUGGCGGCUUGACACACGUCCCAGUGCGUGACUUCUGACACUCCUCUCCCAGCAUGGAAAACACACUUCACAUCUAAGGAAACUUCCUACGGUUGAAAACCCUCGGAUUAUGAAUUCCUCCAGCAACAGUUUGGAUGAUGUAUCGGCAGACAGCAGCGCUGAGUUCCCGGACAGAGCAUCCAUGAUGGAGGUGCGUCUGCAGGCACAGGAAGAUGAGAUCACUCUGCUGAAAGCCUCAUUGGCUGACGCCCUGCGCAGGAUCCGCCUCCACGAUCAACUCCUGCCAUUACUGAAACAGCAGCUCAUUGCAGUGAACCCGGGAGCUGCACGGGUGCUGAAUCAAGUGUUCUGUUCAGAUGGUUGCACCAGCAGCAGAAAACUCUCCUCCAGCUCAGCUGUCGACGGGAUCCGCCACGCUGCUACCAGCCAACUGUCAGACAGCAUUGUGUCCAAUGCCAAUGGCCACAUAGGAAGUUCAGUGUCCACAGAGCCCAGACCAGUAACACUGGACAGGUCGACCCAGACCGAUCCCGUCCACCGAGGGCAGGAAGCCGGGCAAGACAUGGUCCCUCUUGCUAGAUGUGUCCAGAGCCUGAACCUGGAGGACGCCCUCCCUCCAGGGCAACAUGUCGCGGGGACACGGGCCAAGCUCCACCGCACGCCUGGCAUGGAAGAGGAGGACGAGGAGCAAGAGGAAGAUGAAGAAGGAGGGGAGCAGGAAAAGGAGCUGAGUCGGACGUCGUCAUUGGAGGAGCCCAUCCAGCCCACCACAAUCAGAGGCAUCCAGAGGGAGGACUACCAGGAUGGAAGCUGCUCUCCAGAGGAGGUGGGCUCUGCCUCGGCCUCGGUCAGAACCUCAGACCACAACCCCAGGUCCCGCUGCGGACCCCUGGCCCCCAUCCAGGAAGGAAUUAAGGCGCCUCUGGUUCGUAGAAACAGCGAGAAGCUGGGGAAUCCGGAAAGGCAGAGGAAACGUCUGGAUAAGAAGGCGAUGUCCUCGGCCAACCUCCUCACCCGGUCCCCGAGCCUGGAGAACCGAGCUAAGGAGCUGAUUGCCGGUGCAGGAUCCCCUGGGUCCAGAAGAGCAACCUACAGCCAAGGACAGUCGAUCAAAAUGUUUAUCCGAGGGCGGCCGAUAACCAUGUACAUCCCCUCCAACAUCCAGAACUAUGAAGACCUAAAGAUGGAACCGCCCUCGGAGAGACUGCAACUGGACUGGGUCUAUGGUUACCGGGGACGGGACUGCCGAGCCAACCUGUACUUCCUCCCUACAGGCGAGGCUGUGUACUUCAUUGCCUGCGUCAUUGUGCUUUACCACAUCAACAACCGCACACAGCGCCACUAUCGCAAGCACACAGACUGCGUCCGCUGUCUCACCCUCCAUCCUGACAAGGUGCGCGUGGCAUCGGGCCAGACAGCUGGGGUGGACAAAGACGGCAAACCUCUUCAGCCCUGUGUUCUUAUUUGGGACUCCACCUCCUUGGUCACACUGCAGCAGAUCGGCCUGGGAACCUUCCAGAGGGGCGUGGGAUCAGUCGCGUUUUCGUUUGCUGACUCGGGAGCGUUCCUGUGUGUGAUCGAUGACUCUAAUGAGCACAUGCUGUCAGUAUGGGACUGCAACAAGUGCAUCAAGUAUGCAGAAGUCAAGAGUACCAACGAGGCUGUAUUUGCUGUGGAGUUCAACCCAAGCGACAGCACUAAUAUCAUCACUUGUGGUAAAUCCCAUGUCUACUUCUGGACACUCAACGCAGGACAGUUCACCAAGAAACAAGGCAUCUUUGGAAAAUACAAAAAGCCCAAGUUCAUCCAGUGCUUUGUGUUCAGUCUGACUGGAGAUGUUCUGACUGGAGACUCUGAAGGCAACAUCAUGACGUGGGGAAAAUCGGCUGCAGAUAUCAAAACUCUGGGUAAAGGAGCUAAAGAAACCCUCCAGAUAACACGUCAAACCAGAGCCCAUGAAGGCAGCGUGUUCACCCUGUGCACCCUGCAGGGUGGUGCUCUGCUCAGUGGAGGAGGGAAGGACCGCAAGAUCAUCCGCUGGAGCGCAGACCUGGCACCCGAGAGAGAGUGUGAGAUUCCAGAAAAGUUUGGGGCAGUCCGUACCAUCGCUGAUGUGGAUGGGGAGGAACUAUUAGUUGGUACGACGCGCAAUGCGAUCCUCAGAGGCACCUUCUCAGACGGAUUUGUGGCAAUAGUACAGGGUCAUGUAGAUGAGAUGUGGGGACUGGCCACACACCCAUCCCAGAACAUAUUCCUCACUUGUGGCCACGACAGGCAGGUGUGUUUGUGGAAAACAGAGGAACAUAAGCUGGACUGGUGCAUCAGUCUGGAGGAGUAUGGACUGUGUGCUGAUUUCUGCCCUAAUGGAUCAGUGGUGUCGGUCGGCCUCAGCACAGGAAGGUGGAUGGUCCUUGACUUGCUGACCAUGGAGGUGGUCUCCGAAUCUAUUGAUGGGAACGAGCAGCUGUCUGUCAUGAGAUACUCACCAGAUGGCAGCUUUUUAGCCGUCGGAUCUCAUGACAACUUCAUCUACAUCUACAAUGUGACUGAGAGUGGCCGGCGCUACUCGCGCUUUGGGAAAUGUAACGGUCACUCCAGCUUCAUAACUCACUUGGAUUGGUCCAAAGAUGGGAAGUACAUCAUGUCGAAUUCCGGCGACUAUGAGAUCCUUUACUGGGACAUUGCGGCAGGGUGCAAACUGCUGAGGAAUCGAUUCGAGAGCAAAGACAGAGAGUGGGCCUCAUAUACCUGUGUGCUGGGCUUCCACGUCAUGGGUGUGUGGUUAGAGGGCUCCGACGGCACAGACAUCAACGCCCUGUGUCGCUCGCAUAGCGAGAGGAUGGUGGCAGUGGCUGAUGACUUCUGUAAAGUCCACCUCUUCCAGUACCCUUGUCCUAAACCAAAGGCGCCGAGCCACAAGUACGAGGGCCACGGCAGCCACGUCACCAACGUCUGCUUCACCCACAGCGACUCCCACCUGCUCUCCAUGGGAGGGAAGGACACCUGCAUACUUCAGUGGAAGGUGGUGGGAGGCGGGGCCGUCGACAGCCGGGAGCGACUGGCCUCCACCUCGUCCGCCUCCACCAGCUCUCCAGAGCCCGCUGCCAGCUAGGAAUGACUGGUGUGUAAGGAGAAUCUGUUCACACGUAGACAGAGCGACGUGUUAAACGGUGGACAGCAGCCACGGCUGUCGGCUCAGUUUGGCCUCUGCGCUGCCACUGCCGCGUCCGCUUCGUACACAACAUGUAGAGGAAACAGCCAUAUUCACUUUACGCUUACACUCCUCCUUAUUCGUGUAAACCCUUGUGAAAACUGGACAGUGUGAUGCUUUUCACACCACAGAUGAUCUGUCAUUCUGUUGAUGAUAUCGUGAUAUCGUUCUGAUAUGUGGUGAGGGUUAGUAGAAGUGGUUACGGAUGUUUGCUGGAACAGAACAUGACUUGACUUCUGUACUUUCAUUGAACAUUCCUGUGUUUUGGCUGAUGUUUCUUAAAAAACUUUUUAAAAGUGUUGCACUGUGGCAUACACCACCGUGCCUAUAAAUACAUUGGUGUAAUGUUUUUUUUCUUUACAUGAUUAUAAGAUUUUGAACUGUUUGGUUGACAUCUCAGCUAGUAUUGAAGCUGUUUUUAACUUUGCAUUAGACAGACUGUGACAAACCUGUUUUACUGAAAUCAACCCCCAGCUUUUCCGACUAAUUUCUCUUACAGUUGAUAGUUACACUUGAACAUGAUUGCUUUAGUACAGUUUUAUGUAUAUUUAAAAGGACGUUGGGAAUACUGUGAUAUUUUAUCUGUCAAGCUCCCAAUAAACUAGCAAAGACUGGAAA